UCAAAUUUUACUCGUUGUUUUGGCUUUUGCCAGCGGCUUUCGCUGAAUGUUAACGACGAAUUCCGACCGUCAACGAUGUCGUCAUUCUGACGUUUUCCUUCAUUAUUUCAAAUAACAUCAACGUGCAUACGAAUUUGCGACGUGUUCUUUGCCCUCAGUCUUUCAUCAUACAUAAAUCCAAUUUAUUUUUUGUGGACAUUUUGUUAAAAGCCGGUUGAAUUUUUUUCACACGAACUUUGAAUAUACCUAAACAAUACUAGUUCUUAUACUUUAUCACACGUUAACGUGCUUACUUUAAACCGAGUAUAAAAAUAACGCGAAGAUUUACAGGUAAACAUUCACAUUUUAAUACAUAUAUAUGGCGUCGGAUGCGAUUGGAAAUGAUGAAGAUUUGUACGACAAAGCCAAGACGACUCAAGAAGAUGAUUGCCACGCGGGAAGCCAAUUGCUUGAGAGGGGUGGUAAUGAAAGUCUAUCUGAUCCAGAUAAGAAGUGUGUCCAACCAGGAGGCCUCAGAGUGAUAAUAGCUGGUUCCAUCAUAUUUGCAUUGGCAGUAACUGUUGCAUUGAUAGUUGAUAUAUACACUGGCGAUCAUAAUGUCGGCCAUGGCGUGGUGUCGUCAGAUUCUGCCCAAUGUUCUAUGAUUGGAGAAAGUAUCUUGAAGAAAGGUGGUUCCGCUGUUGAUGCGGCAAUAGCGACCACAUUGUGUGUGGGUGUAGUUUGCCCUGAAAGUUCUGGUAUUGGAGGUGGAGGAUUUAUGCUUGUUCAAUCGCCAGAAGGAGUAGUGAAAGUGAUAGAUUUUCGUGAAGUGGCACCAGCUGCCUCAACAAAGGAUAUGUUUGGGAAGGAUAAGAAGACUUCACUUUCAGGUGGUUUGGCCGUUGCCGUUCCAGGCCAGGUGUUGGGCCUUGAAAAAGCCCAUGAAAUGUUUGGAAAACUAAAGUGGAAGGAGUUGUUCAAUCCAGCUAUUGCACUUGCUCGGAAUGGGUUUAAAAUACAUAAUACCACCGAAAAAUGGUUAAAAGAUGAGAUUAUAUCUGACGAUUUGGAAGAGAUUGUCAAAAGAUUUUUUAGAUUUACUACAAACAUUACAAAAAGACCUAAACUUGCAGACACACUACAAGUGAUUGCAGAUCAAGGCUCAUCAGGAUUCUACAGUGGUGCUGUUGCUGAGAGCAUUGUUAACACAGUUAUAAAGAACAAAGGCAUCUUGACUUUGGAUGACCUAAAGAGCUACACAGUUGAGACUCGUCAGCCAUUGUCUUCCAAUUAUCAAGACUAUCGCUUAUUCACAGCUGGACCACCAGCCUCAGGCGCUGUGCUUCUUUCUGCUUUGAACAUUUUAGAGGGCUUCAACUUAACAGCUGCUAACAGCAACGACACCAUAGUUUAUCAUUAUAUUGUUGAGACCCUUAAGUUUGUUUACGCCCAGCGUAGUCAUUUGGCUGAUCCAGGUUUUGUAAAAAUGAGAAAUAUUACAGAUGUUAUGUUGAGCAAGGAAGAGGCAAACAUGUUGCGUGACCGUAUCAACAUUUCAAAAACAGAAACUGACCCAAGCUACUAUGGACCAUUUUUUGAUUCACCACCAAACAAGGGCACCUCGCAUGUUGCUGUGAUUGAUAGGAAGGGAGGAAUUGUUACUGUUACAAGCACUAUAAAUGGUCCAUUUGGUUCAAAGCUUUACACACCAACUGGAAUAGUUUUGAAUAAUGAAAUGGAUGAUUUCUCAAGACCCCAUGUUUCUAAUUUUUAUGGUGUUUCACCAUCAAAGGCAAACUAUAUUGAACCAGGGAAACGGCCAUUGUCAUCAAUAACCCCUGUAAUUGCAUUAUACAAACCAGAUUUAUGUGGUCGUCAGGUAGUAUUGGGUGCAUCAGGGGGAUCUCGGAUCACAAGUGCAAUUAUUCAAGUUUUACUGAAUAAACUAACGUUUGACCGAAGUCUCAAAGAGGCAAUAGAGUGGCCCAGAUUACAUCACCAGCUCCUUCCAAUGUUGGUAGAGGUUGAGGGAAGAAGAUUUUCCGAUGAAGUACCAACGAAAAAUAUAGCUCAAUUCCUGAUAGACAAAGGUAACAAUGUAACCAGUUCUCCGAAGUUUAUUGCCAUUGUUAAUGGUGCCUCAAAACUUGACGGUCAUUUGUAUGGUCAUGCCGACAGUAGAAAAAUUGGUAGUUCAGCAGUGGUAUAUUAACUCUAGUUAACAAUUUACUAAGAAUAUAAUUGACGUGAUAUGGGACCUUGUUGUUAUUUAUAUAGCUGUUGGUAUUGCCUACAGACUAUAGAACGUAAAUAUUACGUUUAGUUGGGUCAAAAAAUUGUCAUGGGAAAGUAUAUUUCAUUUUGGAUACAAUUUUAUAUAUGCUCCGCCUGGUCGCGUGCUGGUGUUUAUUAUUUCAAUUGACUUUAUCGCACAAAUGUGCUUAGUUAAAUUAGAAUUUUUGCAUUUAAGCUGUCAUUGAAAUUUAUCGGGGAAAAGGGAAAAGUAUUUGUAUAUAGCUUGGUUGAUAAUAAAUGAUAAAAUAU